AGCAGUCGUCCUCCUCCUCCUCCUCCUCCUCCUCCUCCCCCCCUCCGCUACAUUAACGUUAGCUUAGCCUGCUAGCAGUCAGCGACAUUAUGGCAUGCCUUUAAGAGAGAGCUCUUCCUCAUUGCGUUUACCAGAAAGGGGCAGUUCUGCUUUCAGCGGCUCUCUUCGUGGAUGAUAAAUCCUCAGAGACUUCCCGGUAAAGGCUCACUACCUGCUAUGGAGCCGUCCGCGGCUAUGGGCUGUGUGAACAUUGGCAGUCUGACCAGCACCUUGCCGGUGAUCCCCUACCAGAAGCUGACAGACCUGUACUACCUGAGCAGGGGGGGCUUCGGCACCGUGUUCAAGGCGCAGCACUGCGACUGGAGGACCACUGUGGCCAUCAAGUGCCUGAAACUCGACUGUCCUGUUGGAGAAAGAGAGAGGAACUGCCUGCUGAAGGAGGCAGAGGUGCUCCACAAGGCCAGGUUCAACUACAUCAUCCAGAUCUUUGGCAUCUGCAACGAGCCCGAGUUCUUCUGCAUAGUCACAGAGUUUAUGAGCAAUGGCUCUCUGGACCUGUUGCUCCACGAGAAGGACAUGUACCCUGGGCUUGCCUGGCCUUUGCGACUCAGGAUUCUGUAUGAGAUUGCCCUGGGGGUCAACUUCCUUCACAACAUGAACCCACCCCUUCUACAUCAUGACUUAAAGACACAGAACAUACUGUUGGACGGGGAAUUUCAUGUGAAGGUAUGUGUGCUGAUUGCAGACUUCGGCCUCUCAAAGUGGCGGCAGCUAUCCGUCAGUAAAGGCUCAGGGUCCAAGCCCACAGAAAUGGGGGGCACAGUGAUCUACAUGCCCCCUGAGAGGUACGAACCAUCCAAGAGCCGCCGGGCCGAUGUGAAACACGAUAUGUACAGCUAUGCCAUCAUUAUGUGGGAAGUGCUGUCCAGGCAAAUUCCGUUUGAAGAGGUGACCAACCCCAUGCAGAUCAUGUUUAGUGUGCUACGUGGGAUGCGUCCUGAUACGAGUCUGGACAGUCUGCCCGCUGACAUCCCCAGCAGAGAAACCCUCAUUGGUUUAAUGACCUGCGGCUGGACCUCUAACCCUGAUGAACGCCCUUCCUUUCUCAAGUGUUUGAUUGAGCUGGAGCCCAUGGUGAGGAAGUUUGAAGAAAUUGACUUCCUGGAGGCCGUGUUGGAUAUCAAGAGGUCAAAGUUAAGGCGGGGAUCAGGCUGUUGUUCAGCCCAGUCAAUGUGUGAGAAGAGGAGUGGGGAGGGACCCUUGAACAUGCUAAAGGACAGGCACAGCCCUUGGCCGGAGAGCUCCACCUCAGGCUCUGGCUCUUGUUCCUCCCAGGACACAGACAUAUCCCUACCAGGCCCCCUCACUGUCAGCAAUGUGGCACCCUCUAAAGAGGGGCUUCCAGCGUCAUUCUUAGCUCAUACUCUGGAGCCUCCUGAGUCUUUGAAGGAUCACAACAAUCUGAACGGCCAGAUUGCCAGACCCAUGAAUGAUUUGAACAAAACCAUCGAAACAGGCCAGCACGUCACUGAUUACGAGACACGGCUGAAUAACGUUACCCUGAAGCCGCAGCCUCAGCAACAAGAUUACUCUCCUCCCUUGCGGCAGUCUCCUCCCUUACAGCACUCCCCUCCCUUACAAGGCCCGAUCGCCCAGUGGAUUGCGACGCGGCGCGAGGAUAUCAUCUCCCAGAUGACAGAGGCCUGUCUGAACCAGAGCUUGGACGCCCUGCUUUCCCGCUCCAUGCUGAUGCGAGAGGAUUAUGAACUGGUGAUAAACCAGGCCACGCGCACCGCCAAGGUCCGACGGCUCCUGGACAACUGUCACCGGCACAACGAAGACUUCUGCCGCAUCGUCGUCCGCAAGCUGCAUGACAACAAGCAGAUGGGCCUGCAGCCGUACCCAGCUGAAAUCAGCUCCCCUACCACAGCCCUGCAGCCCAGCGCACCGCCGCUUUCCAUGUCCUACAAUAUCCCCAGGAUCACUUAGCAGUAAUUAUUAAUCCAGAUUAUAGACUUAUAGACCAACUUUACACUACACUUACUGUUCUGUUGUCAUCAGGAUGGUCAACAAGGUUCUCAUUCGUCUUUCCCUCAGUGAGACUAAGGAACAGCUGGUUGAGCAAAAAGAGUCACAGGUACAAAACUAAUGGCUUUGAAGUUAAAUUCCACUCAUCAACAUCAAGUUUUUUUCUGUAUAAUCAGAAUCAAAAGAUUUUGACUGAAUCAGUGAAUUUAUUUAACAAUGUUGUGGAUUUACUGAGGUGAUUUAUUUAUAGUCCCAUUCAUUCAUUCAUUUUGAGUGAAUGCAGGGUCUCUCUCCUCUCUCUGUUUGGUACAUUAUGCUUUUGUCUGCAAAGCUCAGUUACCAUUCUCUAAAAAAACACAAUUAUGUAGCCCUGUGUGUGUGUGCGUCUGUGCGCGUGUGUGUGUGUGUGUGUGUGAGAGAGAGAGAGAGAGUGAAGCCUUAUUUGUAGAAUGCAAACAUCCUCAAUACACUCAGUUGAUCUGAGUAAGUGACAGGAGGACUGUUAGACUGGUAAACGCGCAUAAAGUCUUUGUAUUGAAGCAAAUGACUUACAUUAAGUGAGACAAUGUACAGACAAGUGUUGUGCAAGGAUGACUUCAGAGCUAUUGAUAGCAAUCUAACUAUGUGGUCUAUGAGUUGGGAUUUUGGUAGACUGUGUUCAUGUGAUCAUGGAAAGUUUUUUUUUCCCUCUGCUUUUUUUACUGCUGAGCAAGUAUCAGAGAAUCACUGGGACGUAGAGUAAAGAGGAAGUUGAGAUUGUAAUAUAACAAGCAGAAUGAGUGGGAUGCGUGUGUGUCUGCAUGUCUGUCUAGAUUCAAAGUGGACCAAAGUAAUGUGCCCUCUGAUUUCUUUUGGUCUCCUCAAUAGUGGCCUCACCUCUCAGUAUUCUUAAUAACACUUCAGACUAACUGGAUCUUGCACAUUUAAAGUUUAUCCAUCGAC